AUGUCGCUGGCCGAGGACUCUGUGCUGGGGAGGGCGUACCUCGCUGUGGGAGCUGGCGUCGUUCCCUCAUGCCUAACGGGCAGCACCAGCCAUCGUUCUGCGUCCUGCGACGCUUCGCACUCGCGCAAACACCACCCGUACGCACAGACCAUCCGAAAACGCGUCUCCUCGACGUCGUCGUCCAGCACGCGCGUCCUGGAGACAUGGCAGCAGCAGGGGAAGCCGCGCAACAUCCAGUCCACAGUCGACGAGUCCCAUUUCGACCUCGAUGACUCGGACGACGGCAUCCUCUUGUGUCCGGUGCCGCACUGCAACUACGUGCAGCGGACGGGGCGCAAGCCGGACCUGAAGCGGCACAUUGAGACUCACCGCUCGGGAGAGAACCAACAGCGCUGGGUCUGCUGUGGGGUUCCCGUGGAGCAGGCGGAAGCAUUCGGGAUCGACGAUUUGAGCAGCGCAUAUUGGUGGAGGGGCUGGAGGAUGGUUGGCGGAUGCCUGCGGGGAUUCAGUCGGCGGGACUCGCUGGGGAGGCAUCUGAACAGGGCUUCUUGUCCGUGCAAGGGGCACCCGGACAUGGCGUUCGACCUUACCCGUGACACUCAGGAGGCACUUGGCCCGCUGCAGAUCCUAUACUGCAUACUUAUCUCGACGCGUGGGCCGCAGCCAACACACUAUCCGCGAACUUCAUAUAUGGAUGAUUCAGAGUCUUCUCCUUCGCCUCUCGAUGACACGCCCGUGCGGUCUCGCAGAGAAUCGUCGGAACAGCCUCGGAGAGGCCACCGGUCCUCGAAGGACCGCGACAAGAUGUAUAUGGGAGGGUCGUCAAGGGAGCUGGCUCGUCUCUUGGUGUACCAGGAACGCGAGGCGAAGGAUCUCCGGAAGAUGCUCGCCUCCGUGACAGAACAGCUCAAGGCCGAGACGCAGCGCGCCGACGAGGCGGAGUUGAGAACUAGGGAAGCAGCGCUUCGUUUCAAGAAUAUGCAUGACCAGAAGCUACAGGCGCAACAAGACGCGGAGCGCAACAAGCAGACGUUGGAGCUAUACAAGAUGCAGCUGGAGAACGCGCAGAGGGAGAUUAACAAGGCCCAGCAAAUCAUAGACAUGGUAGAAGCACAGAGGAUCGAAGCGGAGGAGGUCGCUGCGCGCGCGCGGACGACGGCCCGCAAGCUCAAAGAAGAGAAACUGGCGACACUCGCCAGAGAGGAAGGUAGACGAGAGGGAUACGAGGAGGGCCUGGCACAAGGUCGAAGCCUUGGGUUCGAAGAAGGCCGCUCCGAAGGGUAUGCACGCGGCAGGGCUGCUGCUGCACGGUCAGUGCGCCGUUACGCCGACGAACUGGUAGAGAGUCCAGUGGAUGAACGAAGCGUCGUCGACGAACCGGGCACGCAGCAAGCCGGCAGUGGCAGCUCACCAGACGAGUACGAGUCGCGACCGCCUUCAGCAUACGUGCAGUCGUUGCGUCAGGGUUCUCCUGGCCCUGAGCGAGCUAGGUCUCCUGUCCACGACCCCGACAUCCGACCUAUACCUGUUCACUACGCGCAGUCGCCUGGCCAUCCACCUAUGGAGUUCCCGCCUGACAACUUCAUACCGAAGAUGGACGAAGACGGUCGUAUCCGCCUGCCCCCACAGCAUGAGAUGGGCCCUCCGCCGCCGACACCAUCGCCUCCUCCGCAGAUGACUCUGCAGAAUACUAUGGAGCGUAUGGACGAACGGCCUCCACUGAUGGUGCCGCCUCCUGGGGGUGAGAGUGUGGAGAGCGCGAUGAUGUCUGACUCUGAUGCGUCCACGACGACCGCACCUGUUCGUCCGCGUCAUCGCAGGCGGAGAUCUACAGAGUCGCAGUCAACCACCAUGUCUCAGUUCGAGAUCUUGGGGCCUCCUGGUGCCCCAUCUGCGCGUAACAGGGAGCGUCCGCAUGUCCUCAGCGCCAUUGCCGAGGAGAGAGAACGGUCCUCGUCUAUGUCAAUGAACAUGCACGCACCUGCAUCGCCUGCCUCUUUACACCCACCUUCGUUAACGAGGAACAGUAGGACUUCGAGCCUCUCACCUGACUUCAACAUCGAGGUCGAGCCACCGUCUGGGCCUGAGUCUCUCAACUCAGAGUCUGCACCCAUGACUCCGAACCUACUCCGCGCGGACAACCUGCCGCCCAUGCCGCCUCCUACUGACCCUACCGAGCCUGUACAACAGGUCCCCGCUCAGGUUAUGAGCAUGCCCGGCGUCAUACCUCCGCCGGGCCAGGGCUCGGCGCCUAUUGUACUCACAGAUGGCCAGCUACCUCCAGGCUUCCAGCCUAUUGGCCCACCGAUGCCGCAGAGCGCGUUCUCGUCUAUAGGCGGAUCGCAGCCCUCUGGAGUGAUCCCGGGCUCGUUCCCAGGGUCGAUGGGUCCGGCAGGCGUCCCUUUGCCCCCUUCGACUUACGGAGGAACGCCAUCUUUAGCGGGCAAUAGCAUGCCUCCCAGCAACUACCCCGCCACGGAGCCAGUCAUUCCGCACUUGAUGCCCACAGCACCUGGAGGACAGUCUGCACACAGGUACAGCCGAACCGCCUUGCGAGACUCAUCAACGUCAGACUCGGAUGACGCGGUCUCCUCUGCGAUGGGAUCCGUCGACUCGCUCACUACUCCGCCAUCUCGCAACAAGCGUCUGACUCCGAAGCCCGCGACGCCGUUGUAUCAGGAAGCGCCGAUACCGCCCAACGUAGUGUAUCCCGUGCCUCCCACGCCGCGAUCGACGGGCUCGCGUGGGACGACCGCUGCGAAGGUCCCGUUACCCCCGUCUGCAUCGGCGUCCGUCGCGAGCCCAACGUCUACUGCCGGCUACCCGUACUCCCAGACCUCGUACAGUCGGAGUAAUGUAGCCCUUGACGCGGGCAGGACGCCCCUUGCUAUGAAUAGGCCUAUGUCACCCCUCAUGGGCAGUGCAAGAGGCGGGCUUGCGCCGUUGCCGGUGCAGUCCCCUCGAAUGUCUCCAUAUGACAUCCGACCCGGUAGUCCUGAGGAUGACUUGACGCGCGCAAACACGGCUGCGAAUGCACUUCCGCGGCAUACAUCUCCGCGCGCAAGCACGGCUCAUCUGGGUUCGUCACUAGGUUCGCCUGUCAUCCCCGAGCCUCCUCUCGAACCGACUACGAGUACCGCAAAAGGCAAGAAGGGCAAGAAGAAGAAGGGAAAGUGA